AGAAGAAGCAGAUGAAAGUGAUUUGAUUUAUUCAGACCUGAUGAAGCCAAAAGAAGAAAUCACAAAUGCAAGAGAACAAACAGAUCAAGAUCAGAAAGCGGUAAAGGAGGACAUUUCACAACUCAAUGAAAUGGAGGAGAAACCUCAUCAUUUGUUACCCAAGGAAGAAUCUCUGAGCUGCUCGAUUACUGGGAGCAAUUUGUCCCCUAAAAGAAAAAACAAGGAAAAGGCAACAGCUAAGGAUGCUCUUGUGUGCCCUCAGUGCGGAAAGACCUUCACUACGAAAUAUAUGCUUAAUAAUCACAUGAGAAUUCACACUGGAGAAAAACCUUACACAUGUGAUCAGUGUGGAAAAACCUUCAAUCGCAAGUUUUGCCUUUUUGUUCACAAGAGAAGUCACACUGGAGAAAAACCUUACGGCUGUGAUCAGUGUGGAAAGACCUUCAAUAGAAAAUCGUAUUUAAGUGAGCACACAAAAAUUCACACUGGAGAAAAGCCUUACAGAUGUGAUCAAUGUGGAAAGAGUUUUAUUCGUAGGUUUAAUCUUAACGGGCACAUAAGAAUUCACACUGGAGAAAAGCCUUACAGCUGUGAUCAGUGUGGAAAGACCUUCAAUAGAAAAUUGCAUUUAAGUAAUCACAUAAAAAUUCACACUGGAGAAAGGCCUUACAGAUGUGAUCAAUGUGGAAAGAGUUUUGUUCGUAGGUUCGAUCUCAACGGGCACAUAAAAAUUCACACUGGAGAAAAGCCUUAUAGUUGUGAUCAGUGUGAAAAGAGUUUCAUCCGUAAGACUGACCUUAAUCAGCACAUAAAAAUUCACACUGGAGAAAAGCCUUACAGAUGUGAUCAGUGUGGAAAGAGUUAUGUUCGUAAGAGCGAUCUCAACGGGCACAUGAGUAUUCACACUGGAAAAUGGCCUUACAGCUGUGAUCAAUGUGGAAAGAACUUAAGGAAUAAAGCCCACCUUAAUGAACACACGAGAAUUCACACUGGAGAAAAACCUCACAGCUGUGACCAAUGUGGAAAGAGCUUCAGUCGUAAGAUUGAUCUCAAAAGGCACAUGAUAAUUCACACUAAAGAAAGCUGUUGCGUCAUCCUCCCGUCCAGCAGAUGGCGCAAACUCACCGCGUGUUACAUAAAACAACAGAAGAAGAAGCGCACAGUUCGAGCAGUAAUGUUCAUCAUGAGAGAUCAGAUGGAUGUGAUGUGCUGUAAAUCAGUAGGAACUGAUCUGUCCAUGCUGGAUAUUGAUGAUUUGAUGACAGAAAUCUCUCAGCUGAAGAAAGAGGUGGCGUUACUGGAGUCAAAGCUCAGACAGAGAGAUGAACUCAACACAAAGGAUGUAUCUGACCAGAAGACAUCAGUGAAUCUGCUGGACUGUGGGAUAGAAGUGAAACAAGAAGACACAGAAGCAGAUGAAGGUGAUUUGAUUUAUUCAGACCUCAUGGAGCCAAAAGAAGAAAUCACAAAUUCAAGAGAACAAACAGAUCAAGAUCAGAAAGCGGUAAAGGAGGAAAUUUCACAACUCAAUGAAAUGGAGGAGAAACCUCAUCAUUUGAUACUCAAGGAAGAAUCUCUGAGCUGUUCGAUUACUGUGAGGAAUUUUUCCGCUAAAAGAAAAAAAAAGAAAAAUUCAACAGCCAAGGAUGCUCUUAUGUGCCCUCACUGUGGAAAGACCUUCACUACGAAAUAUACACUUAAUAAUCACAUGAGAAUUCACACUGGAGAAAAACCUUACAGCUGUGAUCAGUGUGAAAAAAAAUUCACUCGCAAGUCUUGCCUUAUUAUUCACAUGAGACUUCACACUGGAGAAAGGCCUUACAGCUGUGAUCAGUGUGAAAAAAAAUUCACUCGCAAGUCUUACCUUAUUAUUCACAUGAGACUUCACACUGGAGAAAGGCCUUACAUAUGUGAUCAGUGUGGAAAAACCUUCAUUCGCAGGUCUUGCCUUAUUGUUCACAAGAGAAGUCACACUGGAGAAAAACCUUACAGCUGUGAUCAGUGUGGAAAUACCUUCAUGGAUAAAUGGCAUUUAAGUGAGCACACAAAAAUUCACACUGGAGAAAGGCCUUACGGAUGUGAUCAGUGUGGAAAAACCUUCAUUCGCAGUUAUUGUCUUAUUGUUCACAAGAGAAGUCACACUGGAGAAAAAUCUUACAGAUGUUAUCAGUGUGGAAAUACCUUUAUAAAUAAAACCAACCUUAUUGAGCACACAAGAAUUCACACUGGAGAAAAACCUUUUAGAUGUGACAAAUGUGGCAAGAGCUUCAUUCGUAAACCUGAACUCAACAGGCACGUGAGAAUUCACACUAAAGAAAGGCCUCCUCCUAGCUGCUACAAGCACACUCUGAAAGUGGCGGUGGAGGGUAGGAAACAGAGCCCCGGCCCUCACCCUGCCUGCAGAAGAGUGUCUGAUACCAGGCACUGUUGCGCUUCUCAACCACAUGGGGGAGCUAUGUUCAUCAUGAGAGAUCAAAUGGAUGUGAUGUGCUGUAAAUCAGUAGGAACUGAUCUGUCCAUGCUGGAUAUUGAUGAUUUGAUGACAGAAAUCUCUCAGCUGAAGAAAGAGGUGGCGUUACUGGAGUCAAAGCUCAGACAGAGAGAUGAACUCAACACAAAGGAUGUAUCUGGUGUCUCUCUCUGUGGCUUUACUGAUCAAACAUCUACAGAUCUUCUGGUUUCUGUCUUUAAUGAAGACCAGAAGACAUCAGUGAAUCUGCUGGACUGUGGGAUAGAAGUGAAACAAGAAGACACAGAAGCAGAUGAAGAUUAUUUGAUUCAUUCAGAUCAGAAAGCGGUUAAGGAGGAAAUUUCACAACUCAAUGAUAUGGAGGAGAAACCUCAUCAUUUGAUACCCAAGGAAGAAUCUCUGAGCUGCUCGAAGGCAACAGCUAAGGAUGCUCUUACUUGCCCUCAGUGUGGAACGACCUUCACAUAUAUGCUUAAUAAUCACAUGAGAAUUCACACUGGAGAAAAACCUUACAGCUGUGAUCAGUGUGGAAAAAGUUUCACAAGUAAAUUUCAGUUUAAUGAGCACCGGAGAAUUCACACUGGAGAAAAACCCUACAGCUGUGAUCAGUGUGAAAAAACCUUCAAUCGCAGGUCUUGCCUUAUUGUUCACAUGAGACUUCACAAUGGAGAAAGGCCUUACAGAUGUGAUCAUUGUGAAAAAACCUUCAUUCGCAGGUCUUGCCUUUUUGUUCACAUGAGACUUCACACUGGAGAAAAACCUUACACCUGUGAUCAGUGUGGAAAAACCUUCAAUAGAAAAUCGCAUUUAAGUGAGCACACAAAAAUUCACACUGGAGAAAAGCCUUACGGAUGUGAUCAAUGUGGAAAGAGUUUUGUUCGUAGGUUCGAUCUCAACGCGCACAUAAGAAUUCACACUGGAGAAAAGCCUUACAGAUGUGAUCAGUGUGGAAAGAGUUAUGUUCGUAAGAGCGAUCUCAACGUGCACAUGAGUAUUCACACUGGAAAAUGGCCUUACAGCUGUGAUCACUGUGGAAAGAACUUCAGGAAUAAAGCCCACCUUAAUGAACACACGAGAAUUCACACUGGAGAAAAACCUCACAGCUGUGACCAAUGUGGAAAGAGCUUCAGUCGUAAGAUUGAUCUCAAAAGGCACAUGAGAAUUCACACUGGAGAAAAACCUUACAGCUGUGAUCAGUGCGGAAAAAGUUUCGCAUAUAAAUUUCACCUUAAUGAGCACCGGAGAAUCCACACUGGACAAAAGCCUUACAGAUGUGAUCAAUGUGGAAAGAGUUUUGUUCGUAGGUUCAAUCUCAAUGGGCAUAAAAAAAUUCACACUGGAGAAAAACCUUACAGCUGUGAUCAGUGUGGAAUGAGUUUUGUUCGUAGGUUCAAUCUCAACGGGCACAAAAAAAUUCACACUGGAGAAAAGCCUUACAGAUGUGAUCAGUGUGGAAAGAGUUAUGGUCGUAAGAGCGAUCUCAACAGGCACGUGAGUAUUCACACUGGAAAAUGGCCUUACAGCUGUGAUCAAUGUGGAAAGAACUUCAGGACUAAAGCCCACCUUAAUGAACACACGAGAAUUCACACUGGAGAAAAACCUUUUAGAUGUGACCAAUGUGGAAAGAGCUUCAGUCGUAAACUCGAACUCAACAGGCACAUGAGAAUCCACACUGGAGAAAAACCUUACAAAUGUGAUCAGUGUGGAAAGAGCUUCAGUCGUAAGAUUGAUCUCAAAAGGCACAUGACACUUCACACUAAAGAAAGGCCUUAAAAUGUUCCUACUAUGGUGAUUUUUGUAAUUUAAGAGUUCAGUUGCAAAGAGCACUAAAUGAAAAAAACUUUUGCUUCAAAUUCGUUUAAUCCCAGCCUCAGGCCAUUCAGAAAUACCAGUUUGUUGACAGAAUUCAUUAAGAGUCUGGUAGAAAUUUCACAUCAGGGUGGUUCUAGACCCUUUUUAGGGGGGCUUCAGCCACCUUGUCUGUCAUCUUAGCCACCCUACAAUUAUUAAAUCUAUCAAACUCUCAGAUAUACAGUUAUGUUCAAAAUAAUAGCAGUGCCACAUCAGUAACUUGAUAAACCGCUGUUAUCCGUAGUAGUAAUAUUUCUGAAUUAGAAAUGAUUUAUUUACAGAUGUAGUAGUGUAAUAGAAAAACAAUAGACCCAUUUGUUAUGAUAUCCACACUAUUUGUUCUGAGUUAUAGACUCGUUUUUUGAAAGUGGUGUGAUCAAAUUAAUAUUAGUGUGAAGUUUAAUUGGAAAAUUAGUUUAUUCUGUGAAAAAAAAACACUUUUUUUUGUCCUUUAUUAGGAAAGAGUGAGAGUUUCACCAAUUGUUAUAAAAUAUAUCUGCUGCUGAAUUACUAAGUAAAAUCAUGGUAUCGUAUCAUAUACAAGGGAAAAAGGAUCAGUUUUGUAGGGUGAUGCCAAACCCUAACAAAAGGUAUUUGUAAAACUGGCACCAAAUGGCUGAAUCCACAGGGAACCGUUUAUCAAAGACACUAAAUUCUGGUGAGAAACUAAAAAGAUCUCAUCAAGUUCAUAUCUACCUCAAAGACAAUCACCCUUUGUUAUAACACAGAGGAUCUAAAAGAUCUAAUCAAAUUUACAUCUAACCCCAAGACAGCUACCCCAUGUGGGGACAGAAGAGUCUUACCCUACUGCACUGUCUCGUCCCUCUCUCCUCAUUAAGUAGGCUUUAUGCCCAGCUGCACUACUUCCUAAACUUCAGUCAGCUCCUUGUUUC